AUGAUCCAGAUGAACUGCACCCAGGUGACAGAAUUUACUCUCUUGGGCCUCACAGAUUGUCAGGAGUUGAAGAUGCCCCUCUUUGUCCUGUUCUUAUCCAUCUACCUCUUCACAGUAGCAGGCAACCUGGGUCUGAUCCUAGUCAUCAGAACAGACUAAAGACUCCACACACCAAUGUACUUCUUCCUUAGUAACUUGGCUUUUGUUGAUUUCUGUUAUUCUUCUGUCAUUACACCCAAAAUACUGGGGAAUUUCUUGUACAAACAAAAUGUUAUCCCUUUCAAUGGAUGUGCUGCCCAGCUGGGCUGUUUCCUGGCCUUCAUGACUGCUAGUUUGCUGCUGGCUUCCAUGGCCUAUGACCGGUAUGUGGCCAUCUGUAACCCUCUGCUCUAUAUGGUCAUAAUGUCCCCAGGAAUCUGCGUUCAGCUUGUGGUUGCCCCCUAUGGCUACAGCUUCCUGGUUGCCCUAUUUCAUACCAUCCUCACCUUUCGCCUCUCCUACUGCCAUUCCAACCUCAUCAAUCAUUUAUAUUGCAAUGACAUGCCUCUUAUCAGGCUUGCUAGCUCAGAUACUCACUCCAAGCAGCUAUGGACUUUUGCCUGUGCUGGUCUCAGGUUCAUUUCUUCCUUUCUUGUUGUCUUUGUCUCCUACAUGUACAUUAUUUCUGCCAUCCUGAAGAUGCACUCCGCUGAAGGCAGACGCAAGGCUUUUUCCACCUGUGGCUCCCACAUGCUGGCAGUCACCAUAUUCUAUGGGACCCUCAUCUUUAUGUACUUACAGCCAAGUUCUCAUCAUUCCCUUGACACAGAUAAGAUGGCCUCUGUCUUCUAUACAGUGAUCAUUCCCAUGUUGAACCCUUUAAUCUACAGUCUUAGGAAUAAGGAAGUGAAAGAUGCCCUGAUAAAAGUCAUCAUGAAUAGAAACCAGGCUUUUAUGUUCAUGAAAUUAAGAAAGUGA